AUGUUGGAAUUCAUCAACCAAGGUGCUGAUUUGUUGGGCGGAGGUUUCACCUUCGCCGCCGGUGUAUUGUGCGCCAGAUGGGAUAAUAUGGGAAAUAUCAUCCACCAUGACAAUUGGGUCAUCAAGAUCUACUGGGCGCCUGGCCAUUACGAGUUCUUCAAGGAGAUUCUCCAACGGGCACAUUUUGACCCAGUGGCACUAGAUUGCGCUCAACGCUUGUAUUAUAAUAAGCUAAACGAGCUAGAUGAAAUCUUUUUUAGAUGGGACCGACCUAUCAAAUGCUGGUAUGGUGGACAUCACCCGGAGAUUUAUUAUGAGGAAGAGCAUGAGAGGUAUCACGAGGACCAGCUCGAGGAGGAACUAGAUGAUAUAAUGCUCGAGGAGGAAAUCUUAAAGGAGAUCGAGAAUGAGAUUCAGAAGAAGAUCCUGAGGGAGAUUGAGAAGGAGAUCCAGGAGGAGUAUGUGUGGGAGAUCGAGCAGGAAGAGAUCAUGAACGAUAUCAAGAUGAUUGAAGGAGAGGAAGAGAGAUGGUUGAGAGAGAUCGACUUGAUCAAGAAGGAGAAGACUGAUGUCGUAAUUGUGAAGGAUGCUGAGUUGUCGGUGAAGGGAAAAGUUGAAGCUGGCGAGGAGACGAUGUACAAAAAGAAGAUCUUAGAAAGCAGCGAGAAAGACCCAGAGAAGAAGCCGAAAUCGAAGGAGAAUGCCCAGAAAGAAAGCUUUUUUGACGACUCAGAACCUCAGAGCGAUAGUUCGGACGUUGACAAACACAGUACCGCCGAAACAUCACCUGAGCAGCUGCCGAAACGUUCAAAGGCGAACUCGCGUCACACUAAUUUCAAGGCGAAGGAGAUGGGGACUCCAAAGCUGGACAGAAAAAUUCAAAAUAAGGGACACGAGAACGCACCGGUGAAGGCUCUGGCAAAGACGACGAAGACGUCCAAGAAUCGUGAGAACAGGAAGGCAAAGAAGGCGGCGAGGAAAAAUGGGAUUUGUGCUCUUCAGGAUCAAACCACGUUGUUUAAGGUUUCAAAGUUGGUAAGCGUUUAG